CAAACGCGCAGGCCAAUUAUUAUUUUAAUUAAUUAAUUCCCAACUAUAAAAGCCCGCCAUCUCGUUGUCGCUUACCCUUCUUUUUGUUCGUCUCUGCUCCUCUUCACACUCUACACUCUCUACACCGAUCAGCUGUUUCAUCGCUCAAGCUCCUCUGUUGAAUCUGUCUCUAUAAGGUAUGGCAUCUUCUGAUAAGCCAGAAGUCAUUGAUAGAGAUGUCAAGGAGAAAGAUCAUAAUGAGGAUGAUGAUAAGGGUGGAUUUAUUGACAAGGUAAAGGACUUCAUUCAUGACAUUGGUGAAAAGAUUGAGGGAGCUAUUGGUUUUGGGAAGCCAACUGCAGAUGUUACUGGGAUUCAUAUCCCUUCAAUCAAUCUAGAGAAGGCAGAUCUUGUUGUUGAUGUGCUCGUUAAGAAUCCCAAUCCUGUUCCAAUCCCCCUCGUUGACAUCAACUACUUAAUUGAGAGUGAUGGACGGAAACUUAUUUCAGGCUUAAUACCAGACGCUGGAACUAUUCAUGCGCACGGUGAGGAAACUGUCAAAAUACCAGUUACUUUGAUUUAUGAUGAUAUAAGAAACACAUAUAAUGAUAUUAAGCCUGGAAGUAUUAUUCCUUACCGGAUUAAGGUUGAUCUCAUUGUUGAUGUUCCUGUCAUCGGAAGGCUAACAUUACCCCUUGAGAAAACUGGAGAGAUUCCAAUACCUUACAAGCCUGAUAUUGAUCUUGAGAAAAUACACUUUGAGAGUUUUUCCUUUGAAGAAACUGUUGCUAUACUUCAUUUGAAGUUGGAGAACAUGAAUGAUUUUGACUUGGGCCUUAAUGGAUUAGACUAUGAGGUUUGGCUAUCUGAUGUGAGUAUUGGGGGUGCAGAACUAGCCAAAUCAACGAAAAUUGAGAAAAAGGGAAUUAGUUAUAUUGACAUUCCUAUCACCUUCAGGCCUAAGGACUUUGGCUCUGCACUUUGGGACAUGAUGAGAGGAAAAGGCACUGGUUACACUAUGAAAGGACACAUUAAUGUGGAUACGCCUUUUGGAGCAAUGAAAUUACCUAUUAGUAAGGAGGGUGGUACAACCCGCCUUAAGAAGAACAAGGAAGAUGGUGGUGAUGAUGAUGAUGAUGAGGAUUAGAAAACAGCGUCUUGAAGAGUUCUCCGUCCAAGUAGCUGCUGUUAAAAAUCUGUCGAGUAAGGAAGUCGGUAUAGCCCUUUUGCAUUUGCAUGUGUUCAGUUGUGGUUUACAUUGCAGUGUGGUUAUUGUUUUCAGUGACAUGGCCUGUUUUUCCCAGAGAUUUUUAGCCAGCCAUCCAACUCUGAUAUCUAUGUUUUGAUUGGCUGUGUAUUUUAUUGUUCAGAUUUCAGUUAUUGUUGUGCAUCUGUUUAGUUUAUGAUAUUUUUUAGUACUAAA